CUGCCUCUGAUUGGCCUGCGCUGACCAAGCCCACUCCGCCCAGCGCCGUUGAGAGAGAGACUUGCGUCAACUGGGUCAACGGGCAUGAGAGUAGGAGGCUGUCCUCUUAAUACAUCCAUGGGCUGUUCUUGCCUGAUGUCAACCAACGCAGGCAACGAAUACUAGCCAAUCAGAGGGAGGUUCCUUUGUCGUCCUAGAAAAAAAAUUGGCAACCAGGAAGUUGCACGAAAGCAGCCGUUGAAAAUGUUUACAUUUAGUUUGACGUUAAUACGACAUGGGGAAACACAGUACAACAGAGACAAGCUGCUGCAAGGUCAAGGUGUUGACACGCCCUUGUCAGAAACAGGUGUUCAGCAGGCUGAGGCCGUAGGAAAAUACCUCAGAGACAUCACAUUCAACAAUGUGUUUGCCAGUAACCUACAACGAGCCAUACAGACAGCUGAAAUAAUUCUGAAGAACAACACUCACUGCUCUGGCACAGAGAUGGUUUUGGAGCCUUUACUCAGAGAGAGGGGUUUCGGUGUUGCUGAAGGACGUCCCAAAGAGGAUCUGAAGAACAUGGCCAACGCUGCUGGCCAGUCAUGUGGUGACUACACCCCUCCUGGAGGAGAGACUUUAGACCAGGUGAAGCUGCGAUUCCAAAAAUUCCUCAAAGUCCUCUUCAAGCAAAUGUUGGAUGAACACUGCCUGUCAGGACCAGAUGCCUCGGCAGCCAGCGCCUCACAUGUUGCUCCUGUGGGCUCGGCUGAUGAUGGUCUCCAGGGGGUGCCGGUCCACGCUCUGGUCGUGAGCCACGGCGCUUACAUCCGUGUAGGCGUCAAGCAUCUUGUAGAGGACUUACAGAGUUCUCUGCCUGCAGGGGUGAAGAUGUCCCAGCUGUUUUCACCCUGUCCGAACACAGGCAUCAGUCGCUUUAUUUUCACCCUGAGCCAGUCUGAGUCCGGCCCGGUCCUCUCUGCUUCCCGCUGCCUCUUUACCAACAGAAAGUCUCACCUAGAAAAUCUUACAGCUGCUAAAUAGCGUGGAGAGAAAGGAAAUGGGAUAAAUGUUUUAUAUAUGGCGUAUGUGUUCUGUUUCUGUGCACUAUCAGGAACAUUCAUGAGCACUUAAGGGAAAAUAAAGGCAAAGACCUCAAAGUUACCACAGGUAACUGAAUACAGAAAGGGCCAUGCUAAAUUAUGUUUUCUCAAUAAACAUAGCGUUUUACUGUGGAUCGUUAGUCAAAAUAAGGGUGCAGUACUGUAUUAUCAAACCGUUUCAUCAUCUUCCCGACCUAGGCCAGUGAGGACUUGUCAUUCUAUCUAAUAUUGUUAACUGUAUUAUCAUGUUAUACCAAAGUCAGAACUAUUUAAUGUAUUAUUGAACACUGUUCAGCAUUUUCAAGUUGAUGUCUUCUGUGAUGCUGCUCAUUUUACUUGUGCAAUACAACAUAACACUGAA